GUAAAAUUAUGUCAUAGUCACAUUUGGCAGACACAAUUCAAAAUAAUGAAUGUGCCUUAUAAUGAACAUAAUUGUAAAUUAAUUAAAGGCAAUCCAGUCAUAAGCUUAUUGAGACCUUUACACCCAGGAGCGAGCCGUUUACAAAGGUUUGCAAGAGCCUUGAAGACAUACAUUCUCUUAGAUCUAGACGAUUACAGAUGUAACAAAUUUUUCACCCAUCCAUCGUUAAGCCGAGCCGAGUUAAAAAGGCACGCAAAUGGCCCUUAUCACUACAUAAUUCAUCCUUUCAGCAAGAUAAGUAAAUAUGUUCAAAGAAUAUUUUUCUUGGUGCUGACCCAUAGAUGUAUUUUUGAUAUACUCAAUAAAGAUAAACCUACGAUAAUCCAGUACACUUGCUACAUUAGAGACAUUAUAAACUGCUUCAUAAUGAUGUGCUUCUUUAUGACCGGAUACGUUAAUUACAGUACUAGGGAAGUAUUCAUACAGCCAAGUAAAAUACGAAAACAUUAUUUAAAGACUUACUUUCUGGUCGACUUGUAUCUAGCAACAGAUGAGUUUUACUGGAUGUUACCUUUGGACGAUAUGGCGAUUGUUUGCAAAAUUGUUAGUAAGAUACUUUACGUAGUACGAUUUAAAAGUAUUGAUGAUACCGUUGACAGUACUUUGAACUCUUUGGGUUUUGGAAAGAACACAGUAUUUAUACUUUUCCAUUUUUGGGCUAUUAUGGUUUGUCUACAUAUAUUUACAGAAUUAAUCUAUUGGAUACCUACUCAGAUUUAUAUUAGUGAUAAUAUCUAUCCAAAUACUUCUUGGGUAUUUCGAGAAAACCUAAGUUUUCAUGAAUAUACUAUUGAUACUUACGCAAAGAGUUUCUUAAUAGUAUUAUCAUAUUUCUUAGGCGCUGCUUAUAACGAUUACGUCAGAGAGCCAAACGAACAAUUAUUGUUAGCAGUUUUAACUUUUACGGGUAGAUUUUAUGUUUUGAUAAUUAUCGCCAAAGUUUUAUCACUAUUUGGUCAUUCAGAUAUAUCUCAAAGCGACUAUGAAAAUCGGCUAUAUCAACUUUGUAACUACAUGCGAACUAUGAAGGUACCUGAACAUUUGCAAAGCAAGAUUAUAGAUAGAUUGAAGUAUAACUAUCAAAAGAAAUUCUUCGAUGAGAAAGAACUGUUAUCAAUUUUUACAGAACAGAUAAAAACCGAGAUUUUUUUGUAUGGAGCAAGAAAUUUGGUAAAUAAUAACACAAUUUUGGGAUACCUCCCUAAGCACGAACUAGCAAAAUUGUUCGUUUAUAUGAAGUCGCAAAUUUUCGAUCCUGAUGAGUUAAUUCAGCAUUACAAAUCGAAACAAAGAUUCGUUUUUUUCAUUUCAAGCGGUACCGUGGCUUGCUACACCAAAGAAGGACUGGAAUUCCUGCAUCUAAAAGACGGCGAUAUAUUUGGCAUGCUGAAUCUGCAACCCAAAUUAGACGCUUUAAGUUCUGUAACUUAUGUCGCUACAGAAAUGACAGAAAUAUAUUUUGUUCAUUACAAAUAUUUGAAAUUGGCUUUCGCAGAUCGUAGUGAGUAUUUAAAGUAUUUUAAUGAAAUAAGAACUGAAAGGAUUAAGAUUAUGGAAAGGCUUAAGAAACUUACAAAAUCAGGUCAAAGAAUAAUUUUCGACUUAAAAAGAGGUGUGCUGUUGGAAAAGCCUAAACGAAGGUACAUGGCUGAUUAA